CAUUCUGUGGUGGAUCAUCUCCAAGAUGCCACUUGCUUUGACUUUACCAAGCUCUGCAGGGGUAUGUAUGUUGCUGAUGGUGUCAAAUCUGCUCCUUUGGGAGCAUGUGUCCUCCAAACCAACUGGCUCUGUGUCCACUGAAGCCCUGUAUUAUCGAGCGUUUAUUCAGUCUCAUGCCACAUAUUUCCUGGCUGGAGAUUUAUACCAUGAGUUUGAAAUGAAUUAUUUCAAUACCUCUUGGAUCAAGAACUGGAGGCUCAGCCUAUGCCACACUGAUUCCAUCCACACCCCACAGUCUCAUGAAGAAUUCCAUGAAACUAAAACUGAAGACCUUCUAAAAGCAAUGAUCACUAUGUCCCAUGCCUGGGAAGAACCACUGAAACACCUGAUUUCUGCAGUGCCCACUCUCAAGGAAUCUUCUGAUAAAAUGCUUCAAAGAACCAAUGCUUUGAGGAACAGAACCCUUGUGCUUCAGGAAAGAAUGAAGAUCAUACUUACCAGGAGCCAGAAUGAAUUUGAAAAAGAUCCCUACCCUGCCUGGUCUGGACUGGCAGACUUGCAGUCAUCUGAUGAAGACACUCGCCUUUUUGCCUUUUAUAGCCUUCUCCGCUGCCUGAAAAGGGAUACUCAUAAGAUGGACACUUACCUUAUGAUGCUGAGGUGCCGAGAGCUCUUUAAAACUGAGUGUUUUCAUGACUGAGUGCUGACUGCACAACCCUGCAAUGUCUUGCUGUCAUGAGCCUUGUUGAACCAUAACUGUAGUGCUUUAAUUUCUUCUCAGUGCAUGCAUGGCUAUAAUGGAUCUCAUUUAUACAUUGAAAUCUAAUUCUUUAGAAACAACAGAUUUAAAGUGAAA